UCCAGUCCCAUGGCCCCUGCGCUUCUCGGCCCUGUGGACGCAGGGGGAAUCCUAGCAAUUUGCGCCCUCUCUGCCGGGAGUCCCGGACGGCAGCUGAUGACGUGGAUCUGCCGAUUUCUGUCAGGAUCGGUUUGACAAAUGCCAGUUUACAGACUGAAUUUUACAGAGGAACUGAGAGGAGGUUGCUGUGGGCCAUUGUUGUCGCUGCCUCAGAUCAGUGACAAGAACUUCACUGCAGAAUGUGUGAGGGAGCACAAUGAAGCCCACUCAGCUGUCAGCCCAUCUUCGAGCAAAAUGCUUUACAUGGGCCAGAUCCAGUCAGCACUGAUAAUGGGAGGCCAAGUUUUAAGGUUUAAACAUUUUCUUCAGAAGUUCAGUUUCUUUCUGUUCUUGAUGUUUGCUGUAUGGUUCAUGUACUACAGUAGCAACUUCCCUGAUCACAUAACUUGUAAACCAACAGAGUUAAAGAAGAAAUUCCAGACAACUAAGGCUCCGGUACUGCAUAACAUAACUUUGAAAGAUCAUACUGAGCUCCCUACGCCUCUCAGUGUCUGCUCGUUUCAUUCUGUGUUACCAGAGGAUGUUUCUGAGUUAGAAUUUUUGAAGGAGUCUAUUGCCUGGCCUGAAACACCAUCUCUACCAUCUAACUUUUCUCUGAAUGACACAAGUGAUCCUGCUCACAGCACCUUCACCAUUAUUCCAAAAGAUGGUGGUGGAAGUUGGCACGUAGGAGAUCAACUGAAGGUUUUGAUAAAAAUUGCUGACUUCCAUAGUCGCCCAAAGAAGUCAGGGGGAGACGUUCUUCUUGCUCGGCUACACAGCCCUACUCUUCAUGCAGGCGUGGCAGGGCAAGUGGUGGAUCAUCUCAAUGGUUCCUACACUGCUGUAUUCUCUUUACUCUGGGAAGGAAGUGCACAAGUGGAGGUAACCCUGGUCCACCCCAGCGAGGCAGUCACAGUGCUACAGCAAAUCACACAAGAGCAGCCUGCUAGAAUUUCUUUUAAAAGCAUCUUCGGCUCAGGUUCUGUCACUGAAACUGCCACAUGUAAUGUGUGCCUAAAGUCUCCCCCGGAGCAGCUGUGCAACUUCACUGACAUCCGCACAGGCGAGCCUUGGUUCUGCUACAAGCCAAAGAAACUUAAAUGUGAGGACAGGCUCGACCAUUCAUUUGAAGGAUUCAGUCAAAAUCUAAAACCAAUGGAGGACAAGCUUUUUCAAAGGGAAGUCAACAUGAAAGUCUUCCUUCAAGCAUCAGGGCCUUCUAACAUCACUAUUUUUCCCAAGCUAAAAGAUCUGAAGGAAACAGUUUUCAGAAACACAUCAGGGGGAAGUGAUAUGACUCAGCCUUCAGGUUAUUACUAUCAGGGAACAUGGCAAGCACUAGAAAGCACCACAGUUCACCAGUUUACCAACAGCUCUGCUAUUAGCCAGUGUCUAAAAGGCAAGGUGCUUCACCUAUACGGAGACUCCACCAUCAGGCAGUGGUUUGAAUAUUUACUCACAUCAACAGAAGAUCUCAAGAAGUUUGACCUCAAAACGGCAAAGCAGACAGGACCUUUUAUUGCCUUGGAUUAUACAAAGAACACCAUGGUGACAUUCAACUGCCAUGCUCCUCCCAUCCGUUUUGGUAACUUGCCAGUCAGUCUCCAACAUUAUGUUGCCAAUGAACUGGACAAUGUAGUUGGAGGCACAGACACUGCCAUAGUCAUUGGAGUCUGGUCACACUUCAGUACUUUCCCUGUUGAGGUCUACAUCCGUCGCCUUCUGAGCAUAAGGAAGGCAGUAUUACGACUGUUAAACAGGGCGCCAGGUACGGUGAUCAUCAUCCGGACUCCUAAUCCCAAAGCUUUGACACUCUAUGAGACACUAACCAACAGUGACUGGUUUUCACUUCAGCAAUACAAAUUACUCAGGAUUAUAUUUAAAGGGGUGAAUGUUAAAAUUGUUGAUGCUUGGGAGAUGACUGUGGCCCACCACCUGCCACACAACCUCCACCCACAGCCACCUAUAAUAAUGAAUAUGGUAAAUGUUGUUUUGUCCCACAUAUGUGGCUCUGAAGGGAAGAUUUAAAAAACCCUACAAGAAUUGUAAAUAAAGUAAGGCAAGAGAUAGUUUAGACAUUGUUGUAUGUAGGAUUUUAAAAUUUAUAAACAGGGGCAAGUUUUUAGAGGUGCUAAACACUAUACAAUGUACCAAUCUUUCACCUAAUUUUCAUACCACGCAAGCUGGAAUUUUUGCUCAAAAUCCUCAGACUCUGGUGGGUUUUUCCAAUGUUGUUGAACUGCUCUCACUCACCGUCUCAAUCUUGAUCCUCUACUCAUAUCUCUUUCUCCUUCGCUUUUUCUACAGUCGACCAAAAGACGUUCUUUACAUGUAUGAAGUUCACUUUAAUAAAACAA